CCUCAAGGAAAAACAUCAGAAUGAUGAGUUUCAAGAGGUGAAGAAUAGAAAAGAGAAAAAAGAUGAGCGCAAAGAUGACAAAAGUAGGAAAGUUUUGAAAAAGAAAGACAAUGAUAAAAAAGAAACAGAAAAGAAAGAGAAAAAAGGUGAUAAAGAUGAGAAGAAAGAAGAAAUAGUGAAAAAAAUUUGAUAAUGUGAACUAUGUUGAAGCACCAUUGCCAAAGACAAAAUCCAUGGGGUGUAUCAAAGUCUUCUCCUGUUGUCCGAAGUCAAAGUUCAGAAGCAGCUGUACCAUUACCCCAGGUGGUGAAAGUGGCUGACACAACCCCCCCUACCCCUGUAGAAACCGCUGACUCUAGCUCCAAUGCUGUUAAAAAACCAACCAAGGAUAGUGCAGCAUUGAGUGAUGAGAACUGGCCAGCUCUGUGUGAAGUUACUGAAGUUACAUCACCAUCAAUCAACAACAAAAAACCUCAAAUGAAACCUGAUCCCAGUCCAGCUAUAACAACAAACAGUAACCAGUCUAACAGUGACUCCGGCGGGGAUGACUCCUCCAAGGAAAACAAAGAAAAUGCUUCUUCUAAUGAUGAAGGGCAGAGAACACCAAAAAGAAAAGGUUUGAAGCAAAAAUGGGUGCCUAUGAACAUAGAUCAUAAAUCAGGAAGAAACCGUAGAAGUAGAAGUGCUGGGCGUGCUCCACGACCUAAUUCUGCCAUGGUUGAUAAAAAUAUAGAUAGAAACAGACCUGAACGUCAUAAAGACAGAUUUGGUUCUGAGUCGGACAAUUGGAGGAAGGAUAUGCGUUUACCAAGUCCUCGUGGUCAUGCUAGGCGUGGUGGUCGUGGAGCCGGUUUAAUGAGGGGUCGUGGUCGUGGUGGGGGAAGAGGGAGAGGUAACCGAAUGGAUGCCGAAAGUUUAACAGGUCUGUUGUUAAUAAACAAUACACUGAUAUUGCUUAAAUGGAGACAAACUGAUUCUUUUUUAAGAACUUUUCCUUGUAGGAAGUAUAUACUGUUAUAGAAAGCUGAAUAAGUG